GAGUACGUACAUAUCUUUCUCCUUCUGCUGCAAAUUUCCAACUCUAAUCUCUCCCAAAAAUCCCUCAAGUUUCCGUCACGCCAUGUCUUCAAGAAAACAUCAAUCCACAAUUCCUUCAGAGAAAGAAAAGAAUGCAUACUACUUGUUCAAAGACAAAGAAAUGCGCGACAUUACAUCUGUUAGCCUCCCCAACAAAAAAUUCUUUAUUUUUUUAUCUUUGUUUUUGAGCUUCUGGUUUGUAAUUGUUCUCUUCUUCUUCCGUCCACAAUCCUCAAACUCAAAAGAGGUGUUACGCCCCGUGUGUGAAUCAUUAGGAAACAUAUCGGUGUACAUGUACGAUUUGCCUCCAAAAUUCAAUCUUGGCCUACUCCAAGACUGCCAGCAUCUAAACGUGUACACAGACAUGUGUCCGCACGUAGCCAACCGCGGCCUCGGACAACCACUUGAUCCGCAGAUGAUGAAGACGAUGAUGAGGACGACCGGAUCAUCAAUUACCCCUAUCAGGAGCAGCUGGUUCGCGACUCAUCAGUUCAUUGGAGAGAUGAUCUUCCACGCACGAAUGGAGAACCACCCGUGUCGCACCAUGGAUCCCGAGCGAGCCAACUUGUUCUACGUCCCGUUCUACGGCGGCCUCCACGCGUCCAGCAAGUUUCGCGAGCCGGAUCAUGCUGCCCGCGAUGCCUUGGCUCUGGAAUUGGCCGAAAUCGUUGGCCGGCAACCGUGGUGGCAAAGGCACCACGGGAGGGACCACUUCUUGGCACUGGGAAGGACUGCUUGGGACUUCAUGAGGACCACCAGCGGCCCAGACUUCGGAGCCAACAGCCUCCUCAAUUUACCACUUGUACGAAACAUGUCGGUGCUGACCGUAGAGAGGCACCCAUGGGAGGGAUCCAAAUUAAACCAGUACGGUAUUCCGUACCCCUCCUAUUUCCAUCCCUCCACAUCUGAUGAAAUGGUGGAGUGGCAGAACAACGUUGGCCGCAUCCACCGGCCCCACCUCUUCUCAUUUGUGGGAGCCCCACGGAAGGGCGUGGGGAAGGCCGCUAUAAGGGACGACAUGAUAAGGCAAUGCGCGGUGUCAAGUCGGUGCAAGCUCUUGAAAUGCGGUCAGGGAGCGAGUAAAUGCCAUGAGCCCACGGAGGUGCUGAAAGUGAUGAUGAGGUCUCAGUUCUGCUUGCAAGCACCCGGUGACUCCUUCACUCGCCGAUCCACCUUUGACUCCGUGCUGGCGGGUUGCAUUCCAGUGUUCUUCUCCGAGCACACGGCGUAUUCACAGUACACAUGGUACCUUCCUGGUGAUCCGACUACCUACUCGGUGUAUAUGGGCGGAGGAGACACAGACAGUGCUAAUGAUGGUAAUGCAAGAGUAGACACAGACAUAGAAGAAGAGCUUCUGAAGAUACCGAGUGACACCGUGCAGAUAAUGCGGACAACUGUCAUAGAGAUGAUUCCAACGCUCACAUACAAAAAUCCCAAUUCUAGUAUUGACUAUGGAUUCCCGGAUUCUAUUGACGUUGCACUAGCUGCGUUGAUGUCUAGAUUACGGGAUGUGACAACCUCAGAAUUAAUCAGCCAGGUUAAUUAACAUAUGUUUGUGUGAUGACGGAUGUAUGCUCUUCUUUGUUGGAAUGGAUUUUGUAUCAAGGCCCCUUUAUAGUCCAUAUAGAACCUUGUGAGUAGUCAUAGAAACCUUGUAUGAGCCUCACCAUAUGAUAAAUCUACGUUGAUUCUUGUCAAUA